AUGUUUUUGCAACUGAUGAUGGAUCCGGAGCUCGUUGCGACGAUGCAGAACAUCGAUGUGGAUGUCAUGUGCGUCGUCGAUUACCCAGAGAUCAUGUUCCAUGCUCGGGAGUACCUCUCCGUGCCGGAGUUGGUGGAUGCUGUUCUGCAAUUCCGGCGCACAACCUCUGUGAGCAUGAUGGACAUCGCACAGCUGCGGAAGUUCAUGGUGAACGAGCUCGAGAGCCUGAGACAGACCAUCAGGGAUCGAGCAUGA